AUGUUCCCCUACAAUACCAUCGCCGCUCUUCUCGCCACCAAAACCCCGACGCAGUUUGUUGCUGCUCUCCCUCCCGGUAUAUAUAACUUUAACCGGGAGGCGCCAGCAUUCGCGCGCUUUGCACAGCACACCUGCAUCGUGGUUAAAUGGGCUUGUUUGCAGCCCGUCUUGCACUACUUUUCUAAUCUGGCCAAGAAUCUUACUCAAGUAUUGGAGAACCACGUUUUGAUCAAGUAUGGUCGCCAGACCAUGCCUGUUGUUCGCGAAAUUUACGUGUCGUCGGAUUUCCCUUCCACGCUCGACGGCCCCUCCCAGUUCCGGAAGUACAUGGCGUUAGUACACAUCUCCUUGGAUUCCGUAGCGAUCCUCAUCGAUAACCUUUCAUGGAAAGAGUUCAUUUUUGCUGCGAAUGAAAACGAGUAUCUGAGGCUUGUAUGGCAUGAACCGGACAUGCGAAUGAAGCUGACUGAGGCCAUACUCAGUAAAUCGGAAGAACAAUGCCUCCUGGCUGCUCGCACCCGAGAAAAUGGCGCGUCCCGCCAGCCGGUCACAAUGCCAAAAAAUCUCUCAUUCACUCCAAUCGAGCAGGGUGCCAUUUUCACCCUUGCGAAUCUGCAGCACAACCAAGAUCUAUCCUCCAUCAAGGCCCCCGUGUCUUCCCCAUCCCCUGCCGCUCCAAUGGCGACAGCCGCACCUGUUUCCUUGAGUAUGGAACCACCCGGGCACAGCCAGUCGCGCCCGCCCGCCCCUUUCACAUCCGUCCCAUCACAUCUAGCAACACCUCAAGUCCAGGCAAUACCAUCCAUAACGAUUUUGCCUUCUACGGAAGAAAGAAAGUCGCACGAGGCACCAUGCGAUCCUUUCUUUCUUCGUCGACACCUGGCACCAAUCGUCGAAAAGGGGGCGACGCAGGUUAUUCAUGCUGCUCCUCAUCAUGCAACCAACACGACCAUUCCGGAGCCAAACACGACUUCUCAGAGUUUCACAUGGCCAAAGACGAGCACCUCUCAACCCUCAGGAUUGCUUGUCCGAACGUCGCAUCCGUAUUUUGAUCAAUCUGCAAGCUCCAACAACGGCCAAGUUUCCAACCCCGCUGGUGUGGGACAGGCUCCCUCGAAUCCCGGCUCUGACUACGCCAAUGUUGCUUCUCACAAUACAUCUGCGCAUCAUUCUCAUCUGAUGGACACGAGCUCCUUCCACCCUGGGCAAUCUGAACAGCUCCCUGCCAGGAUGUCUCCUCAGGAUCUCGGCCAAUCUUCACGAAAUCAUCCAGAACAAGCCUCUGUUCCUCAAGUUCCUUUCUCGUCCGGGGUAACCGGUUCCACCGCGCAGCCAGCUGCAUUUACUUCACACAACGUACGUCCAACCGAGAGCGGGAUCAACGAAUCGAAAGAGCACCAGCCAGUGCCGGUGAAAGCCACGAACGCUUCAACUCGUGUUUCUCAGGAAUUUUACCCUCUACCACAGUCUAUGAGCGAUGUUCCGAUGGUGAUUCCCUCUGCCGCUGACUUCGAGAUGUACAUCACGUCCUUGGUCCAACCGAUGAUAGAGAAGAUCACGUCCACGGAAACCCGGCAGAGGCCACCGAACGGGUACAUAAGGAGACCUCCGCCGCGCUAUCCGACGUUCGCGUCAUUCGAUGAGGUCGAGGGAGAGAACAACUUGCGAUACAGGUCUCCCUCGGUGAUGCAACAUGCGCUGCCGAGGCAUACGACCCCUGUGUAUGUAAGAUGCAUGUCGGUUAGCCAGGCCGGUGCCUCCGGUGGUCCUUUGGAGACGAUUUCGGAGAAUUGCACGGAGAGGACAUCGAGUAAGAAAGCUAGGACGAACGAGCCUGAGCUAAUCGCAGAGGAGUUGGACGAGACAGAAUCGGUUGAGACAUUGGAAACCGAGAUGGACAUCGACGAGGUUCCGGGUGGCAGCGCAUCUUGUCCUGUUGACCUGACGGGAGAUGAUGACUGA